UUUAUUGAUAUUAAGAAUCCCUUAAAAAUUUACAAUUUCGAAGAUAUUCCCGAUGCCGGUGUGCGCACUGUUACGAGCAGAUCCGAUCUCACUAGUGCUGGGACAAACGGAAACGGUUACUAUUGGCUUUUCAAAGAAGCUUCCGUGGCGCGUUAAGUUGGCUCUUCGUCCUCGAGUGCCUGCCCAGAUGAGGAAGAGGCGGAGAGUCCCGGAGGUACUAUGGAGGUUGUACCGCAAUCAGGUGCGCAGUUUAGCAGACACUAUCAUAUCGUUACUUCCUCCUCCGUCUUCGUCUGCGGACUGCCGGUGCAAGGGCCGGCGCUGUCUCGGCUGCAGCGGCAAGGAUGCCAUGUCCUUCCUCUUGAGACCCGAAGACCCACCUGACUAUCACAGGCUCCUGAAUGAAUGUUUCAUCGUCGUCUCGGACAAUGCACCAAAUCUCACCUCCUUCUAUACUGAUCAUCGGUGGACACAGGAUCAGAUUGUCAAAAAGACCAUUGAAAUGAUACUGUCGGAUUCACAAUCGUCCUCAAAUGUAAUUUGCAAUGGUUAUGAUAAAGGCACUCGUUCAAGCUCCAUUGUAGAUCUUCUUACUACUUCGGCUUGGUGUGUUCUUUUACAAAGGAUUCAGGAUCAUGUAAUGAUUCAUCUUUUAAAGUAUACAUCAAUAUUUUUGCCACUUCCCCUGGGGAACCACCAUCAAGUGGCAGGUCCUUCCAUCAUUGAUUUAGGCAUCCAGUUCUCAAGAAAUAUAUCGGAGUCUGAUUGUCCACAGUCUUCACCUGUACAGUUUGGUAAUCAAAAUUGUCCCCAAAAGAGAAAAAGAGUUGAUCAUGAAGAUAAUUCUAAGCCCUACAAUGUAAUCUCUUUACAGCAAUCUGAUAGUAUUUUUGGUGUCAACAACUCCUUGGGUUCUUUUAAUUGCCAUAUUGGUUGUAACCGCAAAAGCUCUUUAAGCUCAUUUGAUUGGAAUCACAUUAAUUCAUCUGAAGCACAUAAUCUGGACUUUAAUGUUAAUAAUAAAGUGGACUCAAAUGGGAAACUUCAAGAGAGCUUAAGCAAGACUACAAAAACUAUUAGGAAGCACUUAAGACCAUUUAGCUGGCAACGCCAUAGAAAGCGGAUACGGAUGAAUUGUCCAGAAGAGAGUGUGCUGCAAACUAGCACCAGCAUUUCUAAUGAUAAAGAAAAUACCUCUGGGAUGUGUCAACAAAACUCCAGUGGCAGCUUAAGACAUCAGCGGAAGAAGGCAACUCCUUGCCAAGAGCUCAAGAAGCUACAAAGACUUCAGGUUCACUCAAAAAAAAUGGCAUCAUUAUGCCUUUACCAUUUGAUGCUGCAAGCCCCACCAAAUGUUACAAAGGCCACAGAGAUAAAUAGGCAAUUGAUGUUCUAUAAAUCUGGUUAUUCCUCCUGUCUUCUUCCAAGAAAUCACAUACUGAACAUGUUGAAGCCAAACAAUACUGGUGCAAUUCUCCUUAUGAGAGAUAUUUUUGGUUUAUGUGAUGGAAAUCCAAGUACUCAAUCUAUUCCAUGUUUCCAAACCAGUAGUUUCUGUCUGAAUGAAGCUGAAUUUUGGUAUCACCCGCUUCUUGGGUUUCUUAAAAGUCUCAUACACAGAGCUCAGCAUUGUAAACACUUGAAAUUGUUGGAUAAGCACUGCAUGGUUCCAGCCUUGGGUGGAGAUGCUAACAGAGGUGUUAAGCCAUUUUUUGAGGGGAACAGGUCACAGGCAGAAAUAACUGAAAAAAGAAAUAGCAAUAUUUUUCUGAGUAAAUGCAACAGCCAUGUUACUAGACAGCAAGACAAGCAUAGCAUCAAAACUCCAAAUACCAAGCUGAAUGAUUGUUUCUGUGCAAAAGACCAGGUGGUGUCAUUUAUAUGGGCUGUUUGUAGGAGAAUAGUUCCUCCUGAUUUACUCGGAGAUCCCUCUAACUGGAGAGCAUUAAGGAGAAAUAUUUAUAACUUUAUCCGGUUGCGGAGAUUUGAAAAGUUCUGCUUAAAGCAAUGUAUGCAUGGUCUGAAAAUAUCAUGUUUUCCCUUUCUAUUGAAUAAGAAUUUUUUCUGCUGCUUGAGUUGUCAUUUUCUAAAAGAUGGAGUAGGGAAGGGUGCUGGCAUACUUGAUGGAAAUGAGGAACUCAGUACGCUGAAAGAUAAGAUCUUUGCAAGUUGGGUUUAUUGGUUCUUUUCACGUCUAUUAAUUCCAAUCAUACAUGCUAACUUCUAUGUCACAGAAAGUGAGUUUGGGAAACAAGACAUUUUUUAUUACCGAAAACCAAUUUGGGAGAAGCUGACGAACAGGGCCAUUUCUCUCUUGAAGGAACAGAAUUACCAGUUGUUGGAAGACUCCUCUUUCAGAAAUAUUAUAAGAAAAAGAAGAUUUGGUUUCUCAAAAGUCAGAUUCUGUCCAAAGGAAAUUGGAAUGAGGGUGCUAGCAAACCUUAGGGCACCAUCAAGAGUAUACUUGCAUAAGUCUUAUUUGAAAGAUAAUUCUUGUGGAGUGCAGAAAAAUACAGGAAGUUAUUCGAAAGCAGUCAAAUGUGAUCAUUUCAAGUCUGUGAACUACGUCCUUUAUGAUUUACAUACUGUCUUAAAAGGACUAAAAGUGAAAAAUCCUGAGAAAUUGGGGUCCUCAGUAUUUGACUAUAAUGAUAUCUAUAAAAAGCUGUGCCAAUUUCUUAUCAGUUUGAAGAAUGAAUCAGGAUCGAUGCCUAACUUAUUUAUUGUAGUUUGUGAUGUUUUCAAGGCAUUUGAUUCUGUUGAUCAGGAUAAAUUGCUUUCUGUGAUGAAAGAUGUUUUUCUUGAUGACGAGUAUCUUGUAAAACAAUUCUCCAAAGUUGUCUGCACAAAGAAGACUUUAUCCAUUCAGUAUGAUCAAAUAUUAUCGGACACAACUAGCAAUGGUGGUAUUAAAACUACAACUAGUUCUAUUCCUUCCGACUCAUCACAUUUUGUUCUUGUUAACCAGGAGAAAAGCAGGAAAAUAAGAAAGGAAGAACUUUUUCAUAAUCUUUAUGAGCAUGUGAAGCAUAAUGUGUUGCAAUUCGGCCAAAAGUUUUACUUGCAAGAAGUUGGUAUUCCUCAAGGAAGUGUAUUGUCUUCCCUUCUUUGCUCAUUUUACUAUGGUCAUUUAGAAAGGAAUGUGAUCUUUCCAUUUCUUGAAAAAAAUCAUGACUAUUACAUUGUCAUACCUUCCAGCUCUAAAAUACCUAUAAAACAUAAUUCUCAAAACACUGAUGCAACACAGAGUGAUGAUAAAGAUGAAGUUGUCUUAUCAACCCAUAAGUAUAUGCUAAUGAGGCUCAUAGAUGACUUCCUUUUUAUAUCAACAUCAAAGAAGCAGGCUGUUAGCUUCUUCUCCAGGCUUCAGCGAGGAUUCCGAGAGUACAACUGUUUCAUGAAUGAAGAAAAAUUUUGUGUCAAUUUUGAUAUAGACCACGUGUCAAAGCUUUCAUCUAACAGGGUGUAUAUUGGUGAAGAUGGUGUGCCAUUUCUUCCCUGGAGUGGUUUGCUUAUCAACUGCAGCACAUUGGAAAUCCAGGCAGACUACACAAGGUACGCAAAUAUCCAUUUGAGGUCAACACUUACUGUCUUCUGGCAAGGUAAAUCAGGUCACUAUCUAAAGGCGAAGUUGUGUGACUAUAUGCGACCAAAAUGCCACCCUAUAUUCUACGACUCAAAUAUUAACUCUGCAGCAGUUGUCAGGUUAAAUGUAUAUCAAUCUUUUUUAUUAUGUGCAAUGAAGUUCCAUUGCUAUGUCUGCGAGUUGUCAAAAGCUUGCAUUCUUCCUGCUGCGUUCCAUUCAAAAAUAAUUCAGAAUUCUUUUAGGUUCAUGUACAAUCUCAUAAAGAAAAGGGUGCAUUCUGUACAUCUUGGACUUAGUUUCCAUCCUAUUCUCCAAUUAAAUAGAGAAGAAGUUGAGUGGCUUGGGUUGACUGCAUAUAUUCGAGUGCUGCGGAGGAAACAAUCCCGGCAUAUAGAGUUGCUAUCAUUAUUGAGGUCUAAGUUGGUGACCUGUGAAAUUACAGGAAGUGCUUCAUCUGAGUUAAAAUAUGCUGUUGAUGAUUUACAUUCCUCCUUAUUUUGGAACCUUAAAUAUUAGAUCAUUAUAGGUACAUGGCAUAAUUUAUUGAUCUACUUGUUAUUCUUGCAUUUCUGUAGACUAGUAAACAUGUACGUGCAUUUGCACGUGACAGUAUCUCCAAGAUAAAACGAUUUACAAUUCAUGGGCAGUUUUUGAACAGUUA